GGAACAUGCAAAGAAUUGCCGGCGGCGCCGGGCUAUGACGUCGUAGCGGCGGGGGCUGGUCUCCACUUAUGGAACAUGCUGCGGAGGGCGCUGCGGUGCGUCUCGAGCCGGGGCUUCUUGAGCCGGGGCUUAGGUACUCGCCGAGGAGACACUACUUGGGACUGGGAUGGAAGGAUAUCAGAGAUUAAGAAGAAGAUCCGGUCCACCCUUCCUGGAGGGGCCUUGGAACACCUGUAUGACACCAACCACCUGCCCCCUGAACACUCGGAUGUGGUGAUUGUGGGGGGUGGAGUGAUGGGCCUGUCUGUGGCCUAUUGGCUGAAAAAGCUGGAGAAACAGCGUGGUGCCAUUCAGAUACUCAUCGUGGAGCGGGACCCCACGUACUCCCAGGCCUCCACUGGACUCUCUGCGGGUGGAAUUCGCCAGCAGUUCUCCUUGCCCGAAAAUAUUCAGCUCUCGCUCUUCUCCAGCGACUUUCUUCGGAACAUCAAUGAGCAUCUGGCUGUGGUGGAUGCCCCCCCACUGGACCUCCAAUUCCACCCUUUAGGUUACCUCCUACUGGCCUCAGAGAGAGAAGCUGCACUCAUGGAGAGGAAUGUGAAAGUUCAGAGGCAGGAAGGAGCCAAGAUCUGUCUGAUGUCUCCUGAGCAGCUCGGGGCCAAGUUCCCCUGGAUUAACACACAGGGGGUGGCCUUGGCAUCCUAUGGCAUGGAGGGUGAAGGCUGGUUCGACCCCUGGAGUCUGCUUCAGGGCCUACGGCGAAAGUUGCAGUCGAUGGGCGUCCGCUUCUACCAGGGAGAGGUGACGCGUUUCGUGUCUUCCAGUAACCACAUGCAGACCAUAGACGGGGAUGAGCUGAAUUUGGAGCGGAUCUAUGAAGUACAUGUGAAGAUGAACCAUAGUCUGGAGUACCAGCCUGUAGAGUGUGCCAUCGUUGUCAACUCAGCCGGAGCCUGGUCAGGGCAUGUGGCAGAGCUGGCCGGCAUCGGGCAAGGGCCACCUGGGACCCUGCAGGGCACCAGGCUGCCUGUGGAGCCAAGGAAAAGGUUCGUGUACUUCUGGCACUGCCCCCAAGGCCCUGGCCUGGAAGCCCCCUUUGUCGCUGACACUAGUGGUGCCUAUUUCCGACGGGAGGGACUUGGCCACAACUACCUGGGUGGCCGGAGCCCCACAGAGGAGGAGGAGCCCGACCCGGGGAACCUGGACGUGGACCAUGAUUUCUUCCAAGACAAGGUGUGGCCUCCACUGGCCCAGAGGGUGCCGGCAUUUGAGACUCUGAAGGUGCAGAGGGCCUGGGCUGGCUACUAUGACUACAACACCUUCGACCAGAACGGCGUGGUGGGCCCCCACCCGCUUGUCACCAACAUGUACUUUGCCACCGGCUUCAGUGGCCACGGGCUCCAGCAGGCACCAGCCGUGGGGCGCGCUGUGGCUGAGAUGGUGCUAGAGGGUAACUUCCAGACCAUUGACCUCAGCGCCUUCCUCUUCAGCCGCUUCUACUUGGGAGAGAAGGUGUUAGAGCACAAUAUAAUCUGAGCUGGUGAGACUGGCAGCAGCUCCCUGUACACAUUUUUCCUCCUCCCUUCUUUAUCCUCCUCUCCUUUGCCCUCCUCCUCCUUCUCUUCUUCCUUUCCUCCAUCCUCCUCGUCCAUCUUCUUCCUUCCUCCUCUCUAUCCUCUCCUCAUCUGUUCUUCUCUCCCUUUUCCACCCUCUUCUUCUCCU